AUGAAUUCACAACCUAACAACCAUACUACAGAAUCUAAGGAUGUUGGUAGUUCGAGUUCUAAUUCGAGCGGAAAUAAUAACUUACCUCAGAAAAAGAUUUUGUCUGACUCGAAGUUUCAACAUUCGACAGAGCCAUCGGGUGCCUUAAACCAAGUCAGACAUAGGUUUCCAGAUGUAUUUCAACAAAAAGGUGGAAGCUAUGCAGAUCUUCCUGCUGCUAAAAUUUCCGAGCUAAUGAAAUCAUCAAGUUUGGAUCAUUUACUUAUGCAGAAUGCUCCUACUCAAUCACUUUUGAGUGUUGUGAAUGGUAUCCUAGAAGAAAGUGUCGAAAGAAGAAACGGAGAAAUACCACCUCGUGUGGCUUGCUUGUUAAGAAAAGUUGUUCAAGAGAUCGAGCGGAGAAUAUCGACACAACAAGGACAUUUAAGAACUCAAAACAAUCUUUUUAAAACUCGCGAAGAAAAAUAUCAAUCAAGAAUAAGAGUACUUGAAGCUCUAGCAUCAGGAACCAAUGAGGAGAAUAUCAUAAAGGAAGAAAAAAGUGCACAUGACUCAAAGCCAAUUGAGAAGAUUGUAAUAGAAGAAAAGAAGACAAAAGAUAUAAAUCAUGUUGAAAAGACUAAAGAGGAUGAAAAAAAGAAAGAAAUUGAUAGGGAAGUUAUUAGAUUAAUGAAAGAAGUGGAAGACAAAAAUAUGGAAAAGAAGGAGAUUGAUAAAGAAGUUAAGAGAUUGAUCAAAGAUGUUGAAGAAAAAAAUAUGGAAAAGAAGGAGAUUGAUAAAGAAGUUAAGAGAUUGAUCAAAGAGGUUGAAGAAAAAAAUAUGGAAAUUUCAACAUUCAAGCAAGAACUAGAAAAAAUGAAAAAAAGAUACGAAGUACAAUGUACAAAGAUCGAAAAUAUAGAAAGGAAGGAUAUUGAUAAAGAAGUGGAAGGAAAAAAUAUGGAAAAGAGGGAAGUUGAUGAAGAAAUUAUGAGAUUGAAGAAAGAGGUCGAAGAAAAAAGUAUGGAAAAGAAGGAAAUUGAUAAAGAAGUUAUGAGAUUGAAGAAAGAGGUGGAAGAAAAAAAUGUGGAAAUUUCGACGAUGAAGCAAGAACUUGAAACAAUGAAAAAUAGAUAUGAAGAACAAUGUUCAAAGUUGAAAUCGGAAGCCGAGGAUGUUGAAUUAGAAUUGAAACAGAAAUCGCGAGAACAUGAGGCUAUAAUGGAAAAGUUAAGAAAUAAGGUUAGAGAGAGUGAAGCUAUUAUGGAGUCAAAAUAUCAGAAGUGGAACAUGAAACAAAACAUAAUACAGAAAGCUGUCAGUUUUCAAUUCAGUUCCAUACAGAAAUUGAAAUUGUCUUGGGAAUCUAUUAAGCAAGAUGUUGUGAAAGAGAGAAUGAUUUACAAAGAGGAAUGCAAUCGACUAGGUGUGAAUCUUAAACCACUAGUGCAUGCAGCUGAGAAUUAUCAAACAGUUCUUGCUGAAAAUAGAAAAUUAUUCAAUGAACUUCAAGAAUUAAAAGGAAAUAUUAGAGUAUAUUGUAGAAUUAGACCCUUUAUUCCUGGACAAAAAGAAAAACAAUCUAUUGUUGAGCGCAUUGGCGAAUCAGAUUUGGUUGUAGCAAAUCCAUCCAAACAAGGGAAAGAAGCACUUAAAACAUUUAAGUUUAAUAAGAUCUUUGGUCCUACCUCAACUCAAGCUGAGGUGUACGAUGAUAUACAAGACUUUAUAAGAUCGGUACUUGAUGGUUUUAAUGUGUGCAUAUUUGCUUAUGGACAGACAGGUUCAGGAAAAACUUAUACAAUGAGUGGCCCAAAUGGUGCAACUAAUGAGAGUCUUGGUGUUAACUAUCGAGCUCUAAAUGACCUCUUCAACAUAUCCUCAAGUAGACAAAGUUCCAUAGUUUAUGACAUUGGAGUUCAAAUAAUUGAGAUCUAUAAUGAACAAGUUCGCGAUUUGCUAACAACCGAUAUAUCUGUCAAAAAAUUUGGGAUAUUGAAUCACUCUCAACCAAAUGGUUUAGCAGUACCUGAUGCUAGCAUGCACCCUGUCAAAUCAACUGCCGAUGUCAUAAAACUAAUGGACAUUGGUUUAAAAAAUAGAGCAAAGGGUUCAACUGCUAUGAAUGAAAGAAGUAGCCGAUCUCACAGUGUGGUUUCGAUUCAUGUUCGUGGGGCGGAUAAGAAAUCUGGUUCGACUCUCCAAGGUAAUCUUCAUCUGAUAGAUUUGGCAGGAAGUGAAAGGAUAGAUCGCUCUGAAGUAAUCGGAGAUAGACUAAAGGAAGCACAACAUAUUAACAAAUCACUGUCUGCUCUUGGAGAUGUCAUUUUUUCACUUUCUCAAAAGAGUUCUCAUAUACCAUAUAGAAACAGCAAACUCACACAAAUUUUGCAAUCCUCACUAGGUGGUCAUGCAAAGACACUCAUGCUAGUUCAAAUCAAUUCAGAUGUAAAGUCUUAUUCUGAAUCUUUGAGUACUUUGAAGUUUGCUGAGAGAGUUUCUGGAGUUGAGUUAGGAGUUGCAAAAAGUACCAAAGAUGGAAGAGAUGUUAGAGAAUUAAUGGAACAGGUGGCUUCUCUCAAAGACACGAUUUCGACAAAAGAUGAAGAAAUCGAGCGAUUACAAUUACUUAAGGAUCUAAAAAAUGUUAGCAAUUCUGAGAAGCUUGAAGAUUAA